AUGUCGGCCUCUUAUGAUUCGGGAAAUGAAAUCACUAACGUGACGUGGAUCACCGUGAUUCUAAGCGAACGAGAUGCGGCUGGCCAGGUUCCUAUUAAUUUUGUAACCAAUCCUGCAGUAGUGCUCUCACCAGCCUGCUUCGGUAAUGGCUUGUAUGCUACCCAAGAGGCUGCGAGUUGCAUGUCAAAUCUUCUUGCAGUGGGCUACAGACGUUUCAUCUUGGACCUGUACUGGUCGGUCUCUCGAAGAAAGUGGACAUUUUGUCCCGCAGAAAUUCCGGACGCAGACAACAUUGUAGCAUCAUCGACACAGCUGUCAACCGCAACUGCAGACAUGACCAGUUCAUCUGUCACGACUACCACUGGGACUGGCCCGACCACAGUCAGCCCAGAUAUGGCCGCGGCGACUUUGGUGGGUUAUGAGGAUGCCCAGGGCGAAACCAUUCUUGAGCUGGGGCCCUACAGAUGCUCAAAGAAUCUCGACCUGGACACUCUGUCCGACAUCUUCCGUGGCUACUUUCAAGACACAAAGUCUCGACUUUUGGUUUCUACGAACUACUUGAUUUUGAAUUUACACGCUGCCACUCGAGAAACUGGGCAAGCGAGCCCAGCUCGGCCACUUGCAUCCAAGGAUCUGCCCUCAUCCGAGUUCGAACGACCCGGCUCGACCUUGAAUGAGGCUUUGGGAAGCUAUCUAUACACCCUCCCCGAGCUUUUGAAUGACCGAAGCAAUCUAAAAGACUCCUGGUUUCAUGUGGAUGAGAAACAUAGGCCGGUCAUGGAAUACUACACCGUUCACACGGAUAAAGCCGGAAUCCAGAGCACGCCGGAUGGAUGGCCAUCGUCAAAUUAUGUUCAGCUAGCCAAGACUAGCCGACUCCUCGUUGGAUACGGUUCAAUCGACCCGGUCCUUGCGGCCUUUGACUAUUCUUUGGAUGAGGAGUACAUCUUUCCCCCUGGGUAUUUGACAUCCACCAUGGACCUCGCCCCUUCCUCGAAAGAUAGCGUGUCCUCCGGUUGCUUUUUUCAGCCAGGUGCGACGGAGAUUGCUCAAGCCAAUUCGUCAUGGGCCUUUACCGCCAGUCUCCCUGUUACUUACAAGGGGUCUGUCAAUGAGACUAUGGGAUCAUUGUCGAACAUGGCCUCCGAGAUGACUGGAUGUGGACUAUCCAUUGUCCUCAAUUCGACUCUUUUCAAUCAAACUGCGGACAUGAAUUCUCUACACUACAGGAACGUCUCAUUGUCCUCUAGCUGGGCAUGGGCAAUUGGCGAACCAAACGGUGCAGCGACCGGUGGUGGCACGAGCGACCUCCCUCCCUUCGACCGUUGUGCAGUGAUGGAUGUAUCGGCUCAGGGUCGCUGGCGUGCCAUGAAUUGUUCCCAACCACGUCGCGCCGCCUGUCGCGUCGGGAAUGGCCCAUUUUCAUGGACCUUGUCAAACGCCUCAUCCGAAUAUGAGAAUGCCUCGGACGCUUGCCCCCCUGAAACACACUUUGCCGUUCCCCGGACAAGCUUGGAAAACACCUAUCUCUACGAGUACCUGAUCAACCAAUCUAAAGAUCUGAUCGAUCCCACGUCGCCAGAUCCGAGUCGACGCGAGGUAUUCCUCGAUUUCAACUCUAUCGAUAUUACUUCUUGUUGGGUCUCAGGGGGCCCCAAAGCCAAAUGUCCCUAUGGCUCUGAUCCUCAACAGCUAGAGCAUCGAACCGUGCUCGUUGCCGCAAUUGCAGGUAUUAUCAUUGUCAUCAUCACUGCGUUGACGUUGUUCGUGAAGUGCAAUGCGAAUCGGCGUAAUACACGUCGGCGAAAGCGUGCGAUCGAAGGCUGGGAGUACGAAGGUGUGCCAUCAUGA